UACCAAACUUUUAUCGGCUCUGUUUUAAAGAUUCUCCAGCUUUCUCAAUAUGCCUCUAGCAGCGUCUCAUAUCCUUCAAUUUGCUCUAAAUUUGGAUUUCUUCACGGGUUAGUGAAGAUAAUCAGUCUGUCAACCAGGAGCACAAGCCGCUCUAUGUAUCGGUUUGAAUCUACUUUGAACGUUCUUAUAAAAGGAUUUUGUCCUAGAAAAGUUGUCAGAUACAUCAGCUACUACUAAGCCUCUACAUAGUUCAAGUCUGUGCUGUUAUUGUGACGCUUGAUAAAAUGGACCGAGCCGAUACGUCGGGAUUCUUAAGCGGAGGAGGAAUGUAAUCAGGAUAUCUUUUGUUUUCCUAAUUUUUUUAAUGAUAUGUAUACCAGUCAGUAGCAUGUGUUAAAGAUUUUCCUGUAAGUUUGCCCUGCCUCCUCUUCCUUGGCGUUAUAGUUCACAGCAUCUAUGGAUUUGAAUAAGAAUGUACAGUUUUCCCAUUUGUCUGAACUCUUGAAAAAUGAAAAUUUCGGUGAUACCACUUUAUGCAUGAACUUUCUUGGCUAUGGAGGAAGCUACAAGGCAGGAUUUGGAAGUACUCGAAGCGAUCUUCAUGCUGGUCUUUCUUCUGCCCCUGAUGAUGGCUGCAGGUUGGUUCUGGGGUUGGGUCCAACUUCAAGUGUAUGCAAUGAUUAUCACGAUAUUGGCCUCAACAAGAGCAAAUCAUCAGCAACUUCAUUCAUACCGGGUUUGCCCCCUGAGGAUAACUCUAUCCUAAAACUCGGCCUUACUGGAGGUACCAAGGAGAGUAUGAAUCCGUUGGAAUGUUCAUUGUUGACAGACACUGAUGCUAGUAUGCCUCUUUCAAACAAAAUACUACCUGUUGUCGAUGAGGGUUCUACUUCGGCGAAGAAAUCUGGUGGCUAUAUGCCAUCACUCCUUUUGGCACCAAGAAUGGAUAGUGGGAAAGCCUUGGUGCAAACACUUGAACUUUUCCAGUUUGGAAAUGAAUCUCAUUGUCAUCGAAUACAUCAAAGUUGUGAGCCCUCUAGUCAGACGGAUUUCUUGGUAGACAAACUCUCUGAGAAAACCACCACUAUGACUUCUUCAGAUAACCGACCUAGCAAUUCAAAGAAAUGCAAGUUUGCCGGUUGCUUCAAAGGUGCAAGAGGGGCAACUGGUCUAUGUAUUGGUCAUGGAGGCGGACAAAGAUGCCAAAAAGAAGGGUGUAAUAAAGGUGCCGAGAGCCGUACCGUCUUCUGUAAGGCUCAUGGUGGAGGGAGGAGGUGCCAGCACUUGGGCUGCACUAAAAGUGCUGAGGGUAAGACGGAUUUUUGCAUAGCACAUGGUGGAGGCAGACGAUGCGGCUUCCCUGGAGGGUGCACAAAGGCCGCACGAGGUAAAUCCGGGCUUUGCAUCAGACAUGGUGGGGGGAAAAGGUGUAAGGUUGAAGGUUGCACCCGCAGUGCUGAAGGACAAGCUGGUUUGUGCAUAUCUCAUGGUGGUGGGCGUCGGUGCCAGUUCCCAGCAUGCACUAAGGGUGCUCAAGGGAGUACCAUGUUUUGCAAGGCUCAUGGUGGUGGAAAACGGUGUAUCUUUGCUGGGUGUACCAAAGGCGCUGAAGGGAGCACGCCAUUGUGCAAAGGACAUGGUGGGGGAAAGCGUUGCCUCUACAAUGGUGGCGGCAUUUGUCCCAAGAGUGUGCAUGGAGGCACCAAUUUUUGUGUUGCACAUGGUGGUGGGAAGAGGUGUGUAGUGUCAGGCUGUACAAAGAGCGCACGCGGUCGCACCGAUUGUUGCGUCAGACACGGUGGUGGAAAGCGAUGCAAGUUCGAGAACUGCGGCAAGAGUGCCCAAGGAAGCACAGAUUUGUGUAAGGCCCAUGGUGGGGGUAAAAGAUGCUCCUGGGGUGAAAGCAAAUGUGAGAAAUUUGCAAGGGGCAGGAGUGGUCUGUGUGCAGCUCAUAGCAGCAUGUUGCAAGAGAGGGAGGCAAGCAAGGGAGGAGGGCUCAUUGCCCCCGGAGUUUUCCACGGUCUUGUAUCGGCUACAUCGACCUCAGGAAGCAGCUUCAACAACAAUCACUCCUCCUCAGGGAACAGUGUCAUUUCCGAUUGCAUCGAUUCACCAAACAAGCCGACGAAAGGGCCACAACUCAUACCUCCACAGGUGUUGGUUCCAUUAUCUAUGAAGCCCUCAUCCUCGUGCUCAAGUUUCCCGAGUUCCGAGCAGCAAAAGGAAGGGAUAAACAGGUACGACAAUCACAUUGUCGGCAAUGUCAGCAGAAAGAGCUUCGACUUCUUGAUCCCAGAGGGGAGGGUCCAUGGUGGAAGUCUCAUGUCAUUGCUUAAUGGGAAUCUGAAGAACCCCAUUGACGGAAUCUGAAGUCAAAGCUUACUGGCCAUGGAGGAACCUAGUUUGGGGUUUAAGGCUGUUUGUUAAACUGUGGAAUUGUUUAUAAGAUUUGGUUUCUUUAGGGAGACUCCGUAAAUAUAUAGUCUUGUGUGGAUUAAUAGUGGUA